AUGGAGCCACCAUAUUUUUGUGAUAAUUUCAACCGAAGACAGUUUGUCGCAUUGUCUCUUGUCUUCAUGUUUAUUGCCCUCUUGUCUUUGCGCCUUGACGAUUUUAUCUACUGGCCUUAUUGGGUAGUGUUCUUCCCCCUGUGGCUUUGGGAGUUUGUUGUAUUUGGCGGCUUCCUCUUUGAAGUUUUUGCAUUUUGUCGGAGUCCGCGUUGUUACAUUGAGAUGCAAUCACAUUUUAAAAGUGUGUUUUUUGAUGCAUUCUUUCAUACUAAUCUUUUAUUCUUUGGAGUUUUGACUUGCAACAGACUCGGAAACGCCCAUCAUAACUGGAUGUCUGCUUAUAUUCCACUAAUAAUACUGAGCAUUUUUGGGCUUUUCGUCAGUUGCUGGGCCAUCAAAAAUGACUUUGAUGGGGACCUCCAUUUCAUUGUUUCCUCACACAUUUUAUUCUUCAUUCUCGUUGCUCUUAAGGUGGAGCGUUUUAUUACUUUGAGUUGGAGAAUUGUUUUUAUACCUAGCUGGGUUGCGUUUGCAUUCUUUUUCAUUCUUGAGUUUACCGAAAUCGUCUUAUCCAUUUCCCGCUUUGCUUGUGUAAAUAAGUUUCCGGAUUAUAGACGACAGUCUUUUUGCAUCAGUGUUGGUUAUUCCACUUCUCUUUUGUUGAUCGCUACUUCGGGCGUUUUGCUGGCUCUCAGACUGGACGAUGAUUUGCAUCUUCCUUUUGUAAUCAUUGCCUCUCCUCUCAUGUCAGCCUUGACAGUCUUUAUGAGUCUCUGUUUCUCUGGUCGUCCCCAUUUUCAGUGGCGUCGAUGCUUCCAGCUUUUUUAUCGCCAUAUCAUUGAAAUGUGCCACCCGCUACAGGAAUAUGGCAAUAUUUCGUAUAAAUUAAGCAGUCUUCACAAAUCCUCGAUGUGUGAUCGCACUACUCGAGGUGAAAACCAACAGUCCUUUCCCCGCAGUUUGGAUUCCCAUGUGGUGAUGACUGAUGCGCCCCCAUCGGGGUUCGAGAGUCCCAAGUCUCCCUCUAAGUCGGUUUGCGUUGAGUCGCAAGAGGCAAACUGGCCGUUGGAAGCCCGAUUGUUACUUGCGCCUCAGCAUGGAGGCGACCAGGCGACCUCACAGGUGGCGGUGAGCGCCCUCUGCCCUGCUUCCACCCGGCUAGAUGUACCGGACUAG